GAUUAGUGACGCACGUAUUGGCGUCUGGUGAGUCGAUAGUGCGCAAAUUGUUCGGUCAUUUUCUUAUAUUAUGCUAAACAAUUCAUUUUGAUACUCUAACAAUAUAAACUUGUUUCCAGUUCAGGGACAGGUUAAGCCGCCGACACUCGGAUCAGAAGUAUGGUCGGAGGACGUCGUCUAUCGCCCCCGGGCCGGGACAUGAGGCCCAUGCCCCCGAUGAGGGCCGACCACUACCCGCCGGCGUACCCGGACCGUGAGCGGAUCAAGAGAGAGUACCGCAAACCGUCGCCCGAAAUGCACCGCAGAAGCCGCUCGAUGACGCCGCCGAUGAAGAGGCGUCAUCCGCCGUCGCCCGGCGGGUACCGCGCCGCCAGCCCGGGCAUGCGGCGCCGGCGCAGCCUCACCCCGCCGCCGCCACCGUCCCUGCGCCGCUCGCGCUCACGCUCACCGCCUCGCAAACCGAGAGCGCCCAGUCCUCCAUCUCGCGGAUCGCAUCGUAUGGGAAGUGACUCGAGAGAUUCGCGCAGGAGCGUUGAAAGGCACCCCGGUGACUUUUACGGCCCAUGGGGAACCAAGAUCGCCAUUCACGACCUGAAGAAAAUUACUGUGGACAUCAAGAGAAACCUGCCCAAGGGCAAACGAAGCACCUCUCCAAUUAUCAGACGGAUCAUUAACGCGGACGAUAUCACACUUUAUCGCAGAAACGGCGAGGGAGCCCGUCCGCUUCUGGAGCGGCCCGAGCUGCGCGCGGCCGUCAACCGGCGUUUCGACGACGCGCCGCCGCCGCCGCCGCCGGCGCCGGCUCCCAACGAGCCGCGCGUGGUGGCCAUCAUCCGCGAGCCGGGACAAGCCGGCCCCACCGUUGAUCGCCACGCUGACCGCGCGUUCGAGCACCACCGGUCCCGUUCGCGCGACCCCAACUACGCGCCGCCGGUGGAGCGGCAGAUGCCUGUCGGCGACCGCAUUGACAGGGACCGUGCCGAGCGCACCCAGCGGCAAGUAGAGAAACUUGAACAGAUGGAGGUGGCCAUUGACCGCAAACUCGAACAGAUCCAGCGCUACGAGAGAAAGUAUGAGGAGACCAUGCGCGAUGAGAAGUAUGGGGACAUCAAGGAUGAGCGCAAGCUGGUCGACCGAAACAUCAGGGACCGGCUCGGACCGAAACGCAGCAGAGAUGAGUUUGAGCCUGAGGAGGAUCACCAGCCGCGCCUGCCCGACUUCUCCCAGCGGCCCAACAAGCCGCCCAUCUGGGAGGGGGACAACAUGAGGAGGGACUACUACUCGCACGAGCACCGGGACGGCUUCCGCAGCCGGGGGCGUGGCUUCGUUCGGGGGCGUGGCCGCGCCAGGGGGCGUGGUGAGUACGACUUCUAAACGGACCAACGACGGUACGAGCCAAGCAACCUGUGUUCGGGGUUGGUGGUCGGAUGUCGCCCACAUCGUGGGAGCACGACAAGUACGAGGCGUUCUGAGAGGCUGGCCCGCCACCGGACCACCCGUGCCGCGGUACAUCCGCUCCCGGCCGGCCGCCGGGCGCUCAGCGCGCAGCCACACACCGUGAGCCGACAGCGGUGUGUUCGGCGCCGGGGAACCCAGAGGACGGCAGGGCGGCGGUCGGACAAACCGCGUCACCGCCACCGAGCGUCGCGUUUCGUCACUGGCAGUUUCAUUUCACAGACUAGCCGCUCAUGUAUCGUGUUCGCCGUUGUUCAUAAAAUACAGCCAUUAUAACGUGCUGGUA